ACCGUUUCGCCAAUCUCCGUACGGUAGAAAUGGCGUCGAACAAGAGAAAGCAAGAUGAGAAACAUCUCAAAAUGUUACGGGAGAUGGUGGCCCUACCCCACAAUAAACAAUGUUUCGACUGCCACCAGAGGGGCCCGACAUAUGUGGACAUGACGAUAGGAUCGUUCGUUUGCACAUCGUGCAGCGGAAUCCUACGAGGCCUGAACCCUCCUCACCGGGUCAAGUCCAUCUCGAUGGCCAGCUUCUCUGUGGACGAAAUGGAUUUCCUCAAGUGUCAUGGGAAUGAGCUUUGUCGGAAAGUAUUUCUUGGUCUGUACGACAGCCGAUCGUGGCCAGAACCGGACUCCAGAGACGAACAAAGGGUGCGAGAUUUUAUGGUUCAGAAGUAUGAAAACAAACGUUGGUAUGUAGCUCCGACCGAGUCCAUGAAAGAGGAAGCACGGCGCAUGAACGAAGUAUCAGCCAGUAAACAGCCUGCACAGAAACCACUACGAUCUUUACUUGGCGAAAACGCCACAAAACUUGUUAUCCACAACAAUCAGUCUCCCCAGAUGAAUCGCACAGCGCCCGCCAACCCCGGGGCUAUCUCAGCGCCCCCUGGGGCACCACAGCCGGUCCAACCCCCACAGCCCACAGCAGUGGCCCAGACCAAGCCACAGCCACAGCCACAACAAGGGUCAGGAUUUGACCUGCUCGGGGACCUCGGAGGUGAUCCAUUUGCCAGCACCCCUCCAGCGUCGUCGGGAGGCGGCGGCUUUGCAGAUUUUUCCAACUUUGGUAGUCAGCCGACCCCUGCAGCCCAGGCGCCGCCCCCCUCAGCGUUCCCCAUGUCUAGUGCUCCUCUUCAGCCAUUGGGCAGUUCCCCAGCAACAGCAACUGCACCGUCAGCUCCACCCUCACAGACACCCCCCAACGCCGGCGGCGGCGGCGGGGGUGGUGGUGACAAGUAUGCAGCCCUUGCCGAUCUGGACAGCGUGUUUGGUACCGCCACGACCACAGCAGCCCCUGUCAACCCUCCUGCCGGGGGGAACAUGGAGUGGGGAGGGACUACGGUCGCUGGGUCAGGGUCUGCCCUCAACUGGGGGGGUCAGACAACCAGUGUAGGGGGUGGGAAUAUCAACUGGAACGGCACAACCAGUAGCACGAGUGGGAGUGCACCUGCAGCCUGGAACAACCAACCUCAGCCAACGGCUGCGAAUAGCACAAGCAGCAUCUUCAGCAAUACAAGUUCAACAACAGAUUGCCAGAAAAGCUUAAAUCGAUUAGGAUUCCCAGGAAACCCCUUUGUCUCCCCUUCUGCUGCGAACCCAUUCGGAGGAAGCACAAGUACAACUCAAGCAGCCGCUCCGCCGGCCCCAGCACAGGCGAACCCCUUCGGGGGAGCAGGUCAGGGAUUCCAGCAGCAGCCGGUCGGCUUCGGUCAGUUCGGGGGUCAGCCUACAACACAGCCCGCCAGUGCAGGUUUUGGACAAUUUGGUAUGCAGAACGGAAGCGGUGCGUUCGGAACGACGGCGGCAGGUUUCCCCGGCUUCACCCAGUCAGCACCGGCUGGAGCCAACCCAGGAUUCGGGGCUCAACCUCAGACGGGAUUCGCAGCGGCUCAGACGGGAUUCCCCACCCAGCCCCAGGGAUUCGCAGGAGGGUGGGGACAGCCAGUCCAACCUGCGGGAAACCCUUUCAUGAACGCGGCCUCCCAACAAGUUCCGCCAAGAGGAAACUCGACCAAUCCUUUCUUGUGAUGUGACACGGGACAGCUUCUUUGUCGCCACGUUAAACAGAAGAUCCUGUAUUCUUACAUGCAACACAGAUACAGCAUGUGCUGUUUCCAUAGGGAUGGUUGUCAAGGACGACGGUCAUGUUACCAGUUCUGAUAGUAACCAUGGCAACAACAAACUGACAGCUGUAGAUCCAGCACUUGGUUGUAACAAUUUUGUUGUGUGUUACCAUGGUAGCGGUUCCAUUCCAAGGGGAUAUAUUCAAGUAUGAUCUGUGACAAUACGAUUCUUGUGAUAUUGUCACCAUGUUGUCAUGGCGACAGUAGCAGAUGACUUUGGUAUCGGCCAAUAGAUGUGUGAUCUCUUAAUGGUGCGAUUUUACCAAGUGACGAUAUUUUAGUUUCAUUGUGUAUCAGUCGUCCUAGAUCACAUGACUGAGGUACAGGAGUCAUGUGACUUUCUCUAAUGCACGUGCUUUAGCUUCCCAGCACAGCGAGAUGCGUAACGUCAUCCGGCCAUGCGUUGUGUUGACAGUUUGUCAAGAUGGCUUGUCAAGGCCUGGAGCAUCACCAUCGAACUCUAAUAUCACUGUGGAUAUUCCAUUUAAGCAUAUUACUGUAUUUCACUACGUUGCUUGUACUCUGCUAGUUGCUGCCGAUGUCGUCGUUAUUGACUACAGGAGCAGCGGAACCCAUGAUGCACCAUGUAUGCACAGACUCAGUAUUCCAGGCAAUGGGUCGCCCACUCCGUACAUUUAUAAAUAUAUUUGUGUUAUCAAGGUCGGUGAAAGGUCAAGGUCAGUGAAAGGUCAAGGUUGACCGUACUGAAAUGGUGACCUUGGAUAAGAAAAGUGAAUCUCCACUACCAUCUUUCUGAUGCAAGAGCAUCCGCUAGCCUUUUUAUCAAAAUCUUGUUUCCACCCUUGCAACAUCCUGCCCACUUUCCUGUGCUUAUGAUUGGACUAUCUCACAUAUCGAUAGUCCAAUCAGAGAACGUUUCAUAAACUCAACAUCCAUGACUGGUACACCUUCGUAUGAAAAUGAUUUACCACUGCCCGUCCUUGUUGACACAUCAUUUUCAUCUUUUAAACCCCAAACGAUUGCGUAUGUUUUUGUUUCAGGGAUGAAAUCGCAAAUGUUUUCAUUAUCUGAUUGACUAGGUUGUCGCCUAUGGUAGUUGGCAUGGUGAAGCUAUGUGAGAUAAGAACAGUUGUCUGAUUGGAUAUCGCGAUUUCAUUACAAGGGGCACAACUUGUGAUCUACGCGAGGUGGCGCCAGGGUCGCGCCAGGAAAAGUGGCCUUGAUGUGGCAAGGGUAGAAACUAGACUUUGGUACAGGCUAGUGGACACGCUUGCCUCGGGAAGAUGCUCCACUACAUGUAUAUAAUUGUCUUCAUACAGGAAGUUGAUGAGUUAUUACUGGAAGAGGAACAGGAAUAUGUCAUUUAUUGUCGAUCCUCGUUUUAGCCAAUAGGAGGAUAUAUAAACCAUAUUUUCUAUCCAAUAUUUGUUAUGACAUCUCGGCCAUGACACCUGGAUGUCAUUCACUCACUAUUACAUGGAUUCUCUUAGCGCUAAGGUCCCUGUGUGGAAUAAGGCCAUUAGCACAUGGAGCUCUACAUCAGAAACCAUCACGCCAUGCCAACAAGUGUGUAUUCAAAUCGAGUUGAAGGCUGUUCACACUCUGAUAAGGUAGAUACAGUUCAAGACGAAUAUGUUUCAUGUUUGGAUAGUCACAUUAGAAAGACGUUGGUAGGCAAAACGAUGUUCUAUCUGCUGUAUUGAGAGAAUUUGGCGGAAUUAAAUACGCUAUCUCGUGAACGUUCUUGAGUUGAUGACUAGAUCUAUGUAAAUAAAUAGAUGCUUGUCAUGUUUCCUUCGGUAAGGAUGUCCGCUGUGAAUCAGGUUAGCUUUACGAUAGAUGUCAACAUCUCUGAUGAUAAUCGUAGACUUGAUAUAAGGCAAUAAAUAUCAAACAAAAUAUGAAUUCAUUCCCAUAUGGCAGUAGUGCCGCAAUGUCCUCCAAACAUCGCGGCAUUGAAACCUCGGUCUGUGACAGCAGUGUAUGAUGCAUCCAAUGUCGCGUGUUAGAAAUUGAGAGAAAUAGCUCACUGAUGUUGUAAUGUUUUCUUUGUGAUAAACAUUUGAUCAGUAUUUGGUUAAAUUCUUUAAUGAAGUUAAAUACACUGUUAAGUAUGCCUUUAUACGAAACUGUUAAUACGAUGAAUAAUUUCCCUGCAUGUCAAAGUGUGAAUUUGCGAAUAAAAUGCACACUAACCCUU